AUGGAGCCACCAGUAACUACAAACGGAUCAGUUGUCUCCCCUGAGAAAUAUCACAUUGACAUCUUAGACAAUGGAAAGACCAUCAGUGAUUUCAUAGACUAUAAAAUAAAAGAGCGUGGUUUAUUGGACAAUGAAGAGCCUUUCCAUGUGGCAAAUCUAGACAGCAUACUGAAGAGGCACCACAGGUGGAUCACUAACCUCCCCCGAGUCAAGCCUUUCUAUGCAGUGAAGUGCAACAACGCAGCAGCAGUUCUGAGGAUGAUGAAUGUUUUGGAUACUGGUUUCGACUGUGCUAGCAAGGGUGAGAUCCAGAUGAUGCUGUCCCUCGGAGUGACACCUGAGAAAAUCAUUUACGCACAUACAACCAAACCAAUGUCACACAUCAGAUACGCCUGUGCUCAUGGAGUCGAUAAGAUGACUUUUGAUAAUGAGGAUGAACUCCUAAAAAUUUCUCUGUGUCACCCCAAAGCCAAACUGGUACUCCGCAUCGCAGUGGAUGACUCCAAAUCGUUGGUGAGACUCAAUUCAAAGUUCGGAGCCAGUCUGGAGUCAGUUGGUAAGCUGCUGGAAAGUGCCGGAGAGCUCGACUUGGAGGUCAUCGGGGUCAGCUUUCAUGUCGGCAGCGGCUGCACUGACGGCGGGGCGUUCAGGCAGGCCAUAGCAGAUGCACGACGUGUCUUUGACAUGGGGAAUUUGCAGGGAUUCCAGAUGAGACUCUUGGAUAUUGGUGGAGGGUUCUCUGGGGCCGGAGGUGUUCAAGGAUCAUUUGAGGAGUUUUCAGAAGUCAUUAAUGGAGCACUGGAUGAAUUCUUCCCGUCUGACAGUGGGGUGAAGAUCAUUGCAGAACCAGGGCGGUUCUACGUGGAGUCAGUCUUCACACUGGCAGUGAACGUCAUUGCCAAGAGAGUGGUCUUAGAGGAUAUGGAUGGACAUGACGAUGGAGAGGAAAACAGCCCUGACAGAAUGAUGAUGUACUACCUUAACGAUGGAAUGUACGGCUCCAUCAGCUGCAUUAACUAUGACCCUGCUCACAACAACCUUGAACCAUAUCCUCACAGGGCUGUUGAGAGCAGCGAGCGGAAAUACCGGUCUAUCCUUUUUGGUCCAACCUGCAACAGCAGUGACAAAAUAACUGAAGACUACUGGAUGCCUGAGUGUCAUGUGGGGGACUGGCUUCUCAUCGACAACAUGGGUGCUUACUCUGUUUCUGUAUUCACUGACUUCAAUGGCUUUGAGAGAGCUCACAUUUACCCUGUCGUGACAGCUGAGACAUGGCACGCCUUAAACCUUUCUCACUUCUACAACAUCUGUUGA